AUGGAGAACCCUGAGUAUGAACUGAAUACUGAGGGAUUAGACUUCCCUUUACCUCUGUCUCAAAUUAAUCGAUUCGAAAAGAAAAACAACAUAUCAGUCAACGUGUUUGGAUUUGAGAAAAAUGAAAUUUUCCCCCUUCACAUAACAGAGGCAAGAAAUAUGUUCCACCAUGUCAAUUUGCUUCUUUUCUCAAAGGGUAUAACAAGACAUUAUUGUCUUAUCAGGAACAUGAGCAGGCUAAUGGGAGAUAGAACAAGCCACAAUGGAGAAGCGUUCUAUUGUAAUUUCUGUCUCCAUGGGUUUACAAGACAAGAUUUAUUAGAUGAGCAUGUUCCCUAUUGCUCUCCUCACGGUCCCCAGAGAUUGUCGUUCCCAAAAUCAGAACAUGAUCAAUGGGUGCAAUUCAAGCAUGUCAAUAAACAAUUGAAGGUGCCCUUUGUCAUUUAUCUCGACUUGGAAAGUUUAACUAUUCCUAUUCAAUCUUGUAGUCCAAGCCAAACUCAUUCCUCAACAACUCCCUAUCAAAAGCAUGAACCCUGCGGAUUUUGCUAUUACGUGAAAUGUUCUGAUGAUAGUAAAUCAAAACCUGCUUAUCUAUAUAGGGGUGCCAAUGCUAUGGAUCACCUCUUUGAAUGUUUGAUCAAAGAGGAAGAGGAAAUCUGCAAAAUACUCUCCCAAAGUAUACCCAUGUCCAUCUCAGUUGAAGAAGAAAAUGCGUUCAAAAACGCCACUAAUUGCCACAUUUGUGAACAACCCUUAGGGGUGGAUAGGGUCAGAGAUCAUGAUCACUUAACGGGAAAGUACAGAGGCGCUGCCCAUAAUCAGUGUAACUUACAGCUCCAAUUUAGAAAAGAAAAUAAGGAUUUCUACAUUCCUGUCAUAGCGCACAACAGCCGCAAUUACGACCUUCACCACAUGAUGAGUGCCAUUGGGAAAUUAAAAGAUAAGAAAAUAUCAUGCAUUCCAAACAAUAUGGAGAAAUACAUUAGUUUUUCACUCGAUAAUUUACGUUUUAUUGAUUCACUCCAAUUUCUGAAUGCCUCUCUGGACACUUUAGUUACAAAUUUAGCUAAAGAAGGGGGAUCUAGAUUUCAAAAUCUAUCCCGACAUUUUCUAUCUGAAGUUGAGAGAGACCUCUUACUACGGAAAGGGGUUUAUCCCUAUGAUUACAUGUCCUGUUGGGAUCGAUUUUACGACCAAAAGUUACCUCCGGUCACAGCAUUUUACAACAAACUGUCCGAAUCUGAUAUUUCUGAGAGUGACUAUGUUCACGCUGAAAAGGUAUGGGAAACCUUUAACAUGACAAACAUGGGGGAGUACCAUGAUUUAUACUUAAAAACGGAUGUCUUACUACUCUCUGAUGUAUUUAAGAAUUUUAGAGACUUAUGUCUGAAUGCAUAUCAUCUAGAUCCCGCUCAUUUCUUUACUUCACCUGGUCUUGCAUGGGAGGCCAUGUUGAAAAUGACAAAAGUUAAGUUACAGCUCUUUGACGAUAUCGAUAUGGUCUUGAUGAUAGAGCAGGGAAUUAGGGGAGGGGUGUCUAUGAUCUCGAAGAAAUAUGCCAAAGCCAACAACCCUAUGGUGUCUGAUUUUGAUCCUUCAAAACCGAAAACCUGGCUUACUUAUCUAGACAUGAAUAACCUUUACGGUACGAGUAUGUCAAUGCCCCUGCCCGAGAGAGACUUUGCCUGGUGCACUCCAUAA